CCCCUCCAUGCCGCCGUGCACACGCAGCGGGGUGCCACGGCCACCCUGCCCUGCGUCCUGCGCGCCCUGCCCCGCAACUACCGGGUAAAGUGGAGCAAAGUGGAGCCGGCCAACUACCGGGAGAGCAUCAUCAUCAUCACCAACGGGCUGUACCACAAGAACUACGGGCCGCUGAGCCCCCGGGUGCACUUGCGGCACAGUCACCGCUACGAUGCCUCGCUCACCAUCACCGACGUGGCCCUGGAGGACGAGGGACGCUACCGCUGCCAGCUUGUCAAUGGAGCAUCUCCUUCAUCCUCCACCCCUGUCCCUGUCCCCCCAGGUGUCGUCUUCCCCUACCAGCCCAGCAACGGGCGCUACAAAUUCAACUACCACGAAGCCAAGCGAGCCUGCGAGCAGCAGGACUCCCGCCUCGCCACCUACCAGCAGCUCUACAAAGCGUGCGGCGCCCGCCUCCUCCUGCCAGGUGUCCGGACCUACGGGGCCAGGGACAAGCAGAAGGACCGAUUCGAUGCUUUCUGCUUCACCUCUGCGCUUCAAGGCCAGGUCUACUUCAUCCGGGGCCACCUGAACUUCAAGGAGGCCGGGCAAGCGUGCCGCAACCACGGGGCUGCCAUCGCCAAAGUGGGGCAGCUCUACUCCGCCUGGAAGUUUUCCCAGCUGGAUCGCUGCGACGGGGGGUGGCUGGCGGACGGCAGCGUGCGGUACCCCAUCACC